AUGACGACCAUCUGCUCGACUCCAAAUUCUCCGCCCGAUCUGACCGGGUCCAAAUCCUCCAAGUCUUCCUCCUUUCGUUCUUCCUCCCAACAUUCCGGCCCCGAGGCUCUUUUCACCGAUAUUGCCAACUUCGAAGAAGUCGACCUCCAAGACGAAGCGCAUAUCGCCUAUAUGGACAACAAGGUCCCUUUUAGUCGGGCGGGCACUAUCACGCAGACUUUCCCAGCCAGGAUGCAGGCCAAGUCAGCUGUAGUUACAACCCGCGAUUUGACCGCCACGAAACCGAGUAAAUUGACGGGACAGACCAACGGCACCCUGAUCCAGCCAGGCCGCGGCGGACACAACACCAAGACCGGAACCCAGCGGGAUCCUACUGCGAAUAAGCAUGCACCGCUUCAAGUGUCGAAACCCCGUCGAUCGCGAUCGAACUCGCCUUUGCGACCCACUUCGAGCUUAGGAUCCUCACCUUCCACACACAGCUUGUCUCUGGCCCCCGCUGCUCCCCGGACACUCAACCGCAAGCCAUCCUGGCAGCGCACUCGCAGAACGCUCAAGGAUCUGGAAGAGGAAUACCACGAUUCUGAUGAUGAUUUGCCCGAAGAUGCCAGUCUCUGGAACGUUCCCAUCUCUCCCCGACCGAUGCAAGAUCGAGCCCCUUCCCGGAGUACAAGUCCCAACGGCCGCAGCCCGGGACCCCGGCCAUUGCCACUGUCACAUUCCGUCUCAGACGUGACACUUCCAAAGUCCCCUUCGGGCUCUCGAUCCCCUACGUCACGAAAGGCUCGCUCCAAGCCACGGUCGAGCUCUGCGGGGCCGGAACGAGGCCAGAUUUCUCCUCGCAAUCCCCGAACCUACUCGUAUAACAACAUGAUGUCGGACCUGUCGGAAGAGGCGCGGAUCAUCACCGAAGCGCUAGAGUUUCAUGCUGACGAGCGAGAGCGUCGGCGCGGAGAGACUUUGCAGAGCGGGCUGUCUUCUUUGAGGUCUAGCACGGACUCCAAGCAGGGCUCGAAGACCCCGAUUGAGCUUCCACCGUUGCAGAAGUCAAAUAUCAUGAUUGAUCCAUUGCCUAUCAGCAAGGAGAAAGAAAAGGUGCUAAGUCGGACACGGCCAAGCUGGCUGCCGCCAAAGGAUCCCUUGGAGGAAAAGCGGCAUUUGAAGGAGUACAAGAGGAUGAUGGCGCAGUCACGGGAAGCUGACAAGCGUCGAGCUGCCAAAGUCGCUUCCGAGAAAUGCGAGAAGGACAAUACUCGGGAAACCCUCCAACAAAUCUGGGACGAGUACGUCUAUCCAAACUGGGACAAUGUCAUUCAGGAGCCGCGCACGCGGGAGCUCUGGUGGCGCGGUGUGCCGCCGCGACUCCGAGGGUCGACCUGGCAGCGGGCCAUUGGCAACGAGCUGGCUCUCUCCGACGAAACGUACAAGAAGGCGUUGCAACGGGCCAAGGACGUGCGUGCCCGUCCUGACAGUGAUACCGGGGAAAGCAACAAGCGAAUGCGGGAGUGGUUCGCAACUAUCGAGCAGGACGUGUCUAAGGCUUUCCCGGACUUGAAACUAUUUCAACCUGGUGGUCCACUUCGCGAGACGUUGAUUGAUGUAUUGGAGGCUUACUCAAUGUAUCGGAGCGAUGUUGGAUACGUCACUGGCCUGCAUACCAUUGCGGCCCUUCUGGUUCUCCAGUUCCCGUCUCCAUCCUCCGCGUUCCUCGCUAUGGCCAAUGCGCUCAACCGGCCCCUUCCUGUUGCCUUUUUGACACUCGACCGCGGGGCUAUCGGUCGGACAUAUUCGCUAGCGUCCGCGACGCUUAAAUACAAGUUCCCACGCCUUUCGACGCACCUCUACGAGACACUGCGUCUCAGUGAUGAGGAAAUCUGGGAACCGAUGUUUCGCUCCCUCCUGACCAACGGACUGGACUUGGAGCGUCUGAGCCGAGUCUGGGACUGCUGGGUAUUCGAAGGAGAUCGGAUCAUGAUUCGCGCGGCGGUUGCGACUCUGGGCAGCUUGCAGCUGCAGCUGUUUGGCUUCACCAAACCCGACGACCAGAGUCGACAGUCGGUGCAGGGAAUCCUGAGCUGGGGACCGCGUCAGGCGGGGACCAACAGUAGCACAGAGCAACGCCACAGUGCACCGGCAGCUCCUAUGCCGGCAGGUUUUGGUGGUGGAGGUCUAGCAUCUUCCGGGGUUGGUGACUACUGGCGACUCUCCUCGGCAGGCGACGAGGAUGGAUUUAUGAGCGAGGUGAGAGAAGCAGGGAAGGUUCGGUGA